AUGAUCGCUGUUUCUCGUUUGAAGGAAACAGUUGCAGCUCGAUGGAAAAACAAAAAAGAUAAAUAUCGACGAGAACUGAAACAAGUUCCAGUUUUGCGUUCGGGAGCUCCUGCAGACCAUUACAAAUCUAACUGGCCGUAUUUUGACAUGAUGAGUUUCCUGAAAGAUUUGUUAAUUCCUGGUGUUAAGUCUGGAAAUCUACCAAGUUUGGACGAGUCCAGUCAGGUCGAUGAAAAUAUUUGUGACCUAGAAGGGGAUAAAGACGAUGAAACAGACACACAAUCAGACAUGGACACUACAUAUGUCAACUCUCCACCAUCUGUGUCAGUAUCACGAGAAGAGAGACCAUUAUCAUCAGCAUCCGCUUCAUCUUCAAUUUCCCAGCACAGAAAAGGAAAAACUAGAAAAAGAAUAGGUGACGUAAGAGAGGGAAAGUUUUUAGAAAUUGAAAAUAAAAAAUUAAACCUACUAACACAGCAUUUGAAAAAUGACGCAGAGGAGGCAGACUGUGAAGAAUUGUUGUUUUUUAAGAGUUUGAUACCGUACAUGAAAAACUUUAAUCAAAUACAGAGGUUAAAGCUAAGGAGUAAAAUUCAAACCGUUAUCUCAGAUGAACUGGAAUCCGCAGAAAAUAACAAAUCAAAAAUGACUCGAGCAACAACUGCCCAAAACAAUAAUUUACAAAUAUCAAUGUUACCUUCGCUAAGUCCGACCCUCCAUCACUUGUUACCUUCAAAAAAACCUAGCCAUCAUCAUCUGAUAUCGCCACAAAACUCUAGCCUCCAUCACUUGUUACCUCCUGAAAACCCUAACCAUAAUCACCUGUUAUCGCCAAAGAACUCUAGCCUUUAUCACCUGUUACCUCCUGAAAACCCUAGCCAUCACUUGUUAUCAUUACAAAACCCUAGCCCUCAUCACUCUACUGUGUCCAGAAAUCCUUCGACAUCAAGCACGCCCUUUUCCGAGUCCAAUACCCUUUCCAGUACAACGCUCUUUCCAGGACAUGGACAAGACCCUUACCAGUAA